AUGGUAGACUCCAACGGGUCUCGACAGCCCUCCCUUGCUGCUUCACUGCCGCCAUCCCCGGUGGACGCCCGGCCACGUCGCGACUCCAUCGUCUCGCUGCCCGUCUCCCCGCCCAUCGACAGGGAGCAACUCGCCCUCGCUCUCGACAAGAUCCAUACCUCUGCCAGCCAGUCCGAUGCUCUAACAACCUUCAACGACUUUGCGCCGCCCCCAGGCUCGCUUCCGGUCCCUGAACCCAAGAGUACGGCGACCGAGAUUGUUCAGCAGGGUUUGAGUGGCCUGUACAGCCGCCUCAAGGAAGCUGUCGGCGCCGUGAGCAAGAGUGCUUCUUCCCAUGAAGCUGUGGGGGAUGGCGACAACUAUGAGGCCGGAACAAGAAGCACAACCUCGCCCUCGGCUGGCACAUCCAAGGCACCUUUUCUUCCCCGAGGAGAGGGCAGCGGGUCAAGUUCUUCUGCCCUGGAACCAGUUCGGCUGUCUUCAGACACCCAUACGUCAGGCGCGAUGAGUGCUAGCUCACAAACGCAUCUUCAAUCAUCAUCUAAGGCAUCAUCCAUUGCGACAACCACAUCUGUCGCCGCUAAACUAUCGUCGCCUGCCCUUCAGGGGUUAUCCAAACUUAGCAAAGCGGUACUUUCAGUCACAGCUAACCCUGCCGUCGCGCCUGUGACAGUCCAAGGGCAGGUUUUACUAGAUAAAGAAGCAGCUCGAGGAAUCACCACUCAUGUUGAUGAUGUGUCGGUAAGGCCUGCUGGGAGGAGGAGCAUAAGUAAGCCGACAGCAACAGUACAAAGCCCGAUUCUCUCCGCAAAUGGAAGCCUGGACAGCAUUUCUACGAUAGAUCGCAUCAUGAUCCCCGCUCGCACCACACGAGACGAAGCUCUCAGCACAGAUGGUGGUGCGGACACGCCACGAAGCCCAGUCCAGUCGUCUGUUCCUGAACGACGCGCUUCAGCUGCGUUUCGGCUCGCACCGUUAGAUGUCCUAAGGAGGCCUGCAGUGAUUGAUCGGCUUGCUUUUCCAAAAGGAAGUAGUCGCUCGAGAUCCUCCUCUAUGGAGCCUGGGACUACGGAAGCAAGCCCCAUCAGCACUUCAGCUCACAGUUCUCUCUACCAUGAGUCCUUUACCCAGAACGAACGCCCCCAAAUUCUGCAAUCGGGUAUCAUAAGGAUCCCAGGGACGACGACCAACGAAGGAGCCUCUGACGCGGUCAGCGCAAGGCUAGAACGCAUGCGCAAGCAGGUACUAAGCAAGGAAUUUUGGAUGGCCGAUGAAACCUGCAAAGAAUGCUUUCGUUGUGGCGCCGCCUUUACUGCUUUUCGGCGCAAGCAUCAUUGCCGGACCUGUGGUUGCAUCUUUGACUCCAAAUGCACUUCGCAGAUCUCUGGUCAGAAAUUUGGUGUCCAAGGCUCCUUAAGAGUUUGCAAGACAUGCUUGGACGUUAUCAAUCGCCGGUACGACAGUGCCUCCGAUGAUUCGGCUGAUGAGUCAUAUCUGCCUGCCAUCUUCCGUACCAGUCAAGCGAAGCACACCCCUACAUCUGUCAAACAGCGGACUGAGGAUGAAGGAAGCACAUCAGAGAGGACCGAGCAAACCGAUCAAGCAGACGAUGGCAAGGUCGCGGUUACUCCUAUGAUGGCCAUACCUGCCACACGCAGAGUGGGCGACAGUAAUCGCAAUUCCGCCGUCCUGGAGAUCGAUUUACCGCAGCUUAGUAGGCCCAGCUCGUCACGGUCCUUAAAAUCGCUGGCGGCUGGUCGGCCACAAUCGUCAGGGCAUCGUCGUCACCACUCUAAGCACAACUUCCUUACUAGGCUCAAGGGUACCAUGGAUGACAGAGCUCCGUUUCGUGCAGCAAGUGGAGAUGAGGUCGUGAAAAAGGCGAACACAAAUGCCUUUCACGACGACAACAUCAUUGACCCAGACCUUGCUGAGUUCAUGUCUGACGAUUCGAGUGAUGACGAACAAGUGAGCGACAUCUACAGUGUGAUGAAGACGGAUGAGUUCCAGCCAGGCAGCGUGGACCCAGAUCGAGCAAGUUUCGGCAACUUCAUGGGCAGUGGAAGAAAACACCGGUUCCGCCAAGGCGAUAAGAGCAUGAGCAUUGGCGGGCUUUCUCACAUAAAUCGCGGUUAUGAGGAGGGUGGUGGCCUCCAGAGUUUGACGAUACAUCAUGGUCGACCGCUACGGAGGAGAAACCUCAGCAUUGCCAGUGCGAGCAUCCAUCAUCUCAGGUCCCCACGGCCAAAGUCUGCUAUUGCCAAGGGCCCCACGGCGUCAGCUGACGCUUUGUCCGUCUUUGAUGCCAUGGUCGGCGACAUUCCCGGUCUGAAACGCACCGAGUCUACUCGCAACGGUCAGUCGACUGAAGGCGGUCUCAACCCUGCGAGCUGGCAGCAUGUGAAGAAGUUGUUUCGUCAGUUGCUGGAUGACGAUAAGAUUCCCAAUCCGGAGAGCUGGGAGAAAGCUCUUCUCCCUAUCAUUGACCAAUGCGCAGAUGAUGUCGAUCCGGACAUCCGGAGCGGCGAUGUUAUGGAUAUUAGACAUUGGGUGAAGUUCAAAAAGAUUCCUGGUGGGAAGCCGAGCGACACCGCGUAUGUUCACGGAGUGGUAUUCACCAAAAACUUGGCUCUCAAGAGUAUGCCUCGCAGGAUCCGCAACCCGAGAAUCGUAAUCAUCACUUUUCCGCUCGAGUACCAACGCCACCCAGAGCAGCAUUUUAUGAGUUUGCAGCCAGUUAUCGAACAGGAAAAGGAGUACCUGAGGAUGGUGGUUAACCGCAUCCUCAAUCUCGAGCCAAACGUGCUACUGGUCGAGAAAGGCGUGGCCGGAGUUGCUCUGCAAUAUCUCGCCGAAGCCAACGUUGCCGUCGCAUACAACGUCAAGCCAUCCGUCAUCGAAGCGGUCGCUCGUAUUGUAAACAUGCCUGUGAUCUCGUCCAUGGACAUGUUGAGCCUGGGUGCCCGAGUCGGCACAUGCGAGAACUUUGAAGUCAAGACAUUCGUCAACAACGAUAUCAGGGGAAGGAAAAAAACCUAUAUUUUCAUCUCUGGCUGCCCCAAAGACCGUGGUUGCACCAUUGCCCUUCGUGGCGCUUCGACCGAGAUCCUCGCGCGCAUGAAACGCAUCACCGAAUUCAUGGUCUAUGUCGUUUACAAUUUGAAGUUGGAGACCUGUCUCAUGCGUGACGAAUUCGUCCAGAUUCCAACAGAGCUUGAUUCAUUGAUGUCAGCCGACUCCUCAAGCACACAAACCAGUCAUGGAUUGCUCCCGGUCGUUGGGCCGGCUCCCAACUCCUCAAUCAGCUCCUCUGCUUUCACGGCACAGCAGAGCAGCACAGAGCCCUCCGAUCGUUCUCCGACUAACAUGAACGCAGGUAACCUGAGCAGCAGCGACAGUACCGGUGCUAAUUCUGAACUAUCAACCUCCGAAAUAACAGCUGAAACAAUUUUACGGCCGGCCGUGCAACAACCAGCUGUUGAAGAGGUAAACACAAUAACUUCUGCGCAGGACUCACAAUCUCCGCUUCAAGUGCCUGAGGAUAUCCCCAUGCCAGCCUUCUACAGUGACAUGGUGGCCAAGUACGAGACAAGAAUAUUGUCUGUAUCUCCGUUUGUGAGGUUCACUCAGCCAUACCUUCUCAUGAAGGCACGCGAACAGGAAAGGCGCUUGGAGUACCUGAAACGGCUUCGCGAUCAGGAUCAAAUUCAAGAACCCGAUCAGCCCGACAAACCAGAGGAGUUUCAGCUCAUCAAGCCCGAGAUGAUACACCAAAUGGGCCAGAAGGCUCCGCGGAAGAUCAUGGAGGUAAUCCAUGCUGUCCAUGAUGCCGAGUAUGACAAAGCGCUGCACAACUACUUGACCCAGACGAAGCAGUGGGAAACCUAUCUUCAGAACUGUCUAGAUUUGUUCGACCCUUAUGCACACCAGAAUAUCGUCGUCCUCUCUUCGGUUACUUGCACCGCUACUCAGAUCCCGUGUGUUGAGCCUGCCUUGAUGGCCAUCGAAUUCUAUAACCAACAUCCGGAUGAAGGGGGCUUCCUGGAUCAGGACUUUACACUAGGCCAAUACAUUGAGGAUAUAUGCGACACAGCCAAUUACGUGUGUACUGCAAACAACUGCGGCCGCAAGAUGUACGAACAUCAUCGGACGUUCGUGCACGACAAUGCCCGACUCACCAUCAUCUUGAAACCAUCACCUCAGUGGCCUGAGAAUUUUCCAGAAAAGCCGCAGGAGCGAGGAGGAGGAGAUGACGAGGGCACUGGUAUCUGCAUGUGGAACUAUUGCAAAGUCUGUGAUAAGCACUUUGGGUUGAUGCCAAUGUCCGUCAGCACCUGGAAGUACUCGUUCGGCAAAUAUCUUGAGCUCUCAUUCUGGAACACGGGCCUCCGGCUGCACCCAGAGACUGGAUGUCCCCAUGACCACAAGAAGGACCAUGUCAGGUAUUUUUACUAUACAUACCUUGACAUUGCAGUCAAGGUCCAUUACGACCCCAUCGACCUUUACGAGAUCAUCGUUCCCCGCAAGAGGAUCACUUGGAAGGUCGACAUCGAUCUGAAGCUCAAAAAUGAUGUCUUCACAAAAGCAGAAGAGAGAUGGAAUCGGUUCAUCAACUCAGUCAAAGCUAGGCUCAAGAGCAUCAAGAUUGAUAGCGUACUCCCGGAGAAGGCCGAAGACUGCAAGGCCGAAGUGGAUCGACUUCUUGAAAAGGCUGAAGAAGACCACAAAGAGAUGAUUAAAGUCUUGCAAAAUGCAUACAUGAAUUCAAAGUACUACGAGAUCAUUCCUUUUAAUGUGGUUUUCAGACAGAUGCUCGAAAGGGCCACGGAAUGGGACAGCGCCUUUACUCAAUUCGAAUCCAAGUUUCUUUCUGACAAGGAUGUCCGACAGUUGACACUGAUCCAACUCAAGAAAAUGUUCUCCGAUCACGAGAAGGAUCCAACGAGCACUGAUGGAACAACAGUCGGGUCAGAGUCGGAGGAAAAAAUGACGCCCGUGACAUCGCCAAAUGAGAGUUCUGAUGUUGGGGAGAAGCUGUCUCCAUCAUCUGAGGAAUCAUCAGUCCCUCAGCUGCCAGAAAAGACCACUCAACAGGAGCAGCUAUCGCAACCAUCUGAGCUCGGGGACAGUCAGUCUCACGAGGAACUGUUAUCACCUUCCCUUGCAACACAACCAAUCACUAAUCAGAAGGAGGAGGACUCCGUGAAAGCUGAGGAACAGCCAGAUGCCGUCAAGGCUGGAGAAGCUGAGGCGCAGAUUCCAUCGGCACCACGGAUGCCCACCUCCACUUCGGUUUCCGAGGUGGGAGCUAAAGGGGUCAAACCACCUAGCAACCAACCAGCUGGUUCUUCAUCCUCUGCAGGAGUGGCAAACAGCCCAACGCUAUCCCGGAAAUCAACCAUUGCUUCCCAUAGUUCUCCCACCGAACCAUCCUCGGCAGCCAAAACUUCCCAUAAGGAGCCUUCGCUAUCAGAAAAGGUUGAGCAAAUCCGACGGCAAAAUCGGGCACACGCCAUUACCAGCUCGGGUUCGGGAGCUGAGGCACCGACUGAAACCACAUCCCCGUUCUCGCCCGACCGUACCAUGCUUCCUCGUCGAACAGGCACUAAUGUCUCGCCUCCAAUGCUUCGCACUUUUGGUCAACAGUCAGGAACAGUGUCAGGGCCAUUACCUCGCACGCAGUCUACCAUUGGUAAACUGUUGAGAGAUCAAAAGGUUGCGCAAGAGGCGGCAGCAUCAACAGACGCACAGAAGGGACAAACUGGGGAUGACACGUUGAAAGGAGACAAGAAAUUCCUCGGUACGCUGAAACCACACCGCAAAGCUGGACCGUCCAACAUUCCGCGAUUUGUUCACAACAAAAGAGAUUCCAAAGUGUCGAAGCUGGCCUAUCAUUUCGAGCAACUGAGUCGGGAAUUUGAAAAGGAGCGAUUGAAGGACCGGAAGCAGAGAGCGACCAAGUUGCAUCACACCCGAGCUUUCUUGCCACGGUCUUCAACCAAGACGAUCGUCGAGGUAUAUCGGGAUGUCGAUCAGGCUGUUCAAGAACCCGGCCCGUCAGAUGAGGAUCAUCUCGGCAGAGAGUCAAGUGAAAAACAAUCUGUCGAAACAUCCACUCCAGAUAUCACUCCCGCUGAAACACAAAACAAGCCUCCCGAGACAGAACCAAGCUCGCCAGCAUCGCCUCCGUCGCAAGAACGGAGAGAUAAAGUUUUUGCUACAACUGAAGGUGAAACAGAGGAGAAUAAAGUCCAAGAAGAGAAUCGUGUUAGCACGGACGAUGAAGCAGGCAGCGAUGUUGAGGGCACUGGCCUUAGCUUCGAUGACAUCUUACCAGACGUCAACGAGAUUGCCGAGUCUUUAGAGCAGAAUGCGAUCCCAGAAGAGUUGCCCAAACAUCAAAAGAAGAGUCUCAUGGAUCGGUUGGCUAAUUUCUGGGCCGAGCGCUCCGCAAGCAGUUGGCCGCAGCUCGAGUAUCCCGUCAACAUGGGCGACCACGUCAUGUUUGAUUCAGACGUUAUCGUCCGGGAAGAUGAGCCCAGUUCACUCGUGGCGUAUGCUAUGAGCUUAAAUGACUACAAGGAAAAGCUCGCUGCCAUCCGGAGAGACCUCAGGAUGUCGAACUUCGGUGAGACUGAUGUGAGCGGCGAUAGCCUGGAAGACAACAUGGGAACGCCGGUGGACCCAGAAGCGGCGAAGGAAAGGGCCAGAAAGAUUGACAUGGAACUCGAAAAGACCCUCCUCCGGUCGACUGGGACACACGUCAAGUACCAGUUUGUGCAUGGCACAGCCAAGAUGAUGUGCAAGAUUUUCUUUGCGGAACAGUUUGACGCCCUACGGCGCAAGUGUGGUGCGGCUGACAGAUUCGUCGAAUCACUGUCGCGCUGCCUGAAAUGGGACUCGAAGGGCGGCAAGACCAAAUCUGUAUUCCUCAAGACUUUAGAUGAUCGCUUUGUGCUCAAGUCUCUGUCGGUCCCUGAGACCCAAUCAUUCUUGAAGUUCGCUCCCGAUUACUUCAACAUUAUGGCCGAGGCGCUCUUCCACGAGCUCCCAUCUGUGAUCGCAAAGAUGCUGGGCUUCUUCAGAGUUCACAUAAAAAACCCGGUCACCAAUACCGAUAUCAAGCUGGAUCUGUUGGUUAUGGAAAACCUGUUCUACGACCGGACACCCAGCCGCACGUUUGACCUGAAGGGCUCAAUGCGCAACCGGAGAAUACAGUCCACUGGCGAGCGAGACGAGGUCCUUUUGGACGAGAACAUGGUCGAAUAUAUCUACGAGUCGCCGCUCUUUGCCCGUGAACACUCGAAACGCCUGCUCCGGGCCUCGGUGUUCAACGACACACUGUUUCUGGCUAAACAAGAUGUGAUGGACUACUCCCUUAUGGUAGCGGUCGACGAGGCAAAAAAGGAACUCGUUGUGGGCAUCAUCGACUGCAUCCGGACGUACACGUGGGAUAAACAGCUUGAAAGCUGGAUCAAGCAACGCGGUCUCGCCGGAGGAUCGCGUAACCGUCCCACUGUGACCAGCCCGAAAGAGUACAAGAGUCGGUUCCGGGUGGCGAUGGCGAAGUAA